AUGGCGGCGGCAGCAGCCUCGGCGGCCUUAAGCCUCCUCCAGCGUCGCGGUGGCCCAGCUGCAGCGGCGGCUGCGGCCACCCUCUCCUGCUCCUCCUCUUCGUUCUCUCUGGCCCGCCUGAAGGGGUCGGCGCGAGGGCGCUGCCCGGCCGUGAGAGGAUACAGCUCUGAGGCGAAAGUGGGGGAGGAGCAGGAGCUGCGGGUCCGCUACUUGGACGACGAGCACAAAGGAAUUGUAGUACUUGGAAUAAACAGAGCGCAUUCAAAAAAUGCACUUAAUAAAAAUGUUAUAAAAAUGAUAUCAAAAGUUCUGGAAGCUUUGAAAAGUGACAAAAAAGUACGGACGGUUAUAUUCCGAAGUGAAGUUCCUGGGGUAUUUUGUGCUGGUGCUGACCUUAAAGAAAGAGCCAAAAUGCAUUCUAGUGAAGUAAGCUCUUUUGUUUCCAGAGCAAGAGCAACUAUUAAUGAUAUAGCUACUCUUCCAGUGCCAACUAUUGCUGCCAUAGAUGGCAUCGCACUAGGUGGCGGCCUAGAAUUGGCUUUAGCCUGUGACAUUAGAGUAGCAGUGACUUCUGCAAAAAUGGGUCUAGUUGAAACCAAGUUAGCAAUCAUUCCUGGAGCAGGGGGGACACAGAGACUACCUCGUACAAUUGGAGUGUCUCUGGCCAAAGAACUAAUCUUUUCUGGUCGUGUUGUUGAUGGCAAUGAAGCAAAAUCAAUAGGCUUAAUCAGUCAUGUGGUGGAACAGAAUGAAGAAGGGGAUGCUGCCUACAGAAGGGCAUUAGCCCUUGCAAGAGAAUUUUUACCUCAGGGACCAGUAGCAAUGAGAGUUGCAAAAUUGGCCAUCAAUCAAGGAAUGGAAGUGGAUAUGUUAACAGGUUUAGCAAUUGAAGAAGCUUGUUAUGCUCAGACUAUUCCAACAAAAGACAGAAUUGAAGGACUCCUUGCUUUUAAAGAAAAAAGACCCCCUCGCUACAAAGGAGAAUAGGAAAAAAGAGAGGACUUCAAACGAAUGACAUAAACAUACUACUGGAAGGUCUUUUUAGCUAUCCUUUGCCUCAGAGCCUGGGAUAUCACAACCAUUAAAGGAAAAGUAACUACUAAUACUUUGAAAUCUAUAAUGUAUUCAAGUGUAUAUUCAGUCUUACUCUUU